GCAGCGGCAGCCCGCGUCGCCCUUCCGAGCCCGGGGGCGGAGGCUCCCCCUCCUCCCACGCAGACUCAGGCGGCGCACUUCCUGCCUGAUCUCCUCCGGCGUUGCAACUGCCCCAGAUAAAGCGAAGUUCGCUCCGUCCCAGAGCCGGGCUGAGCAUGGCGAGGAGGAGCAGCAGCAACAGCGCCGCGAGCGCCAGAGGCCGUUGCCGGGGUGCGAUGGCGGGAGGCUGCGGCUCAAAGGUACCUGUGAGGUUUGAGGAUGUAACUGUUUAUUUCUGCAAGGAAGAGUGGAAGAUGUUAGAGGAAUGGCAGAAGGAGUUGUACUGGGAAGUGCUGGAGGAGAAUUAUGAAGCUUUGCUUCUUUUGGGGCUUCCGGUCACCAAGUCUGACAUUCUGGCAUGGUUUGAACAAGGUGAACAUCAGAACCUCAAAAGAAUGCAAGCAUCCGGAGUGGGUGAUUCUUCUGGAAUCUCUUGCACAACAGACAAGAAACUCUUACAGAGUUGCUGUAAAGAAUAUACUGAACAGGUGGGAUCUCUCAGGAUGUUUCAUGGCAGAUGUAAGGAAGGCAUGGCCCAACAUGGUGGUGGCAAAGGAACUGAACCUUGGCUUGUGUCUUCAGCGCAUCAAGGGAGGUCUGUGAGAAAUAAGCCUCUUCAACAUACUGAGUACAGAGAGGGGACUUAUGGGUUGAAUGCACAUGCCAUUUCUCCAAGAGGAGCACCAAAGCCAUAUAAAUGCAGCGUGUGUGGCCAGAAGUUCCGGUUGAAAGAGCUGCUUCGAAUACAUCAGCGGGCCAGCAUGAAGAAUGUGUUCUGCCCUUGCCCUGAAUGUGGGAUGUUAUUUCCUAGCAACUCACAUCUAAGAAUGCACCAGAGGAUCCACAAUUGUACAAGCACAAGAAAUGGGAGAACCUCUCUGGUACGUGCUCAGCUGAAUCGCCUGCAGGAGAGCCAAGCAGAGGAGAAGUUACUCUUAUGUGCAGACUGUGGGGAGAACUUCUCCACAUACCUUAGUCUCCUCCUGCACCAGAAAAAUCAUGUCCAGGCAAAGCCCCAGCUGUGUGCUCAGUGUGGGGUCAUCUUUAUGUACCAAAGUGACCUGGAGAUGCAUGAAGAGAGCCACCUUGAGGAAGCACUGUGUGAAUACGCUGCAUGUGGAAAGAACUGCAUUUGUGAGUGUUCCCUCCAGCUGCAUUUUGCAUCCCGCCUCAGGAAGUGCAUGGAGAACAGAGAGACUGGUGGUUCACAGGACCACAAGCCGUUACACCAGGGAAAACACAGCAAAGAGGAGAAACCUUAUUCAUGUGAUCAGUGUGGGUUGAAGUUCAUAUUAGAAGUUAAUCUGGAGAUGCAUCACAGAUAUCAUCACGAGUUGCUGCUGAAACGUAAGCUAAAUUAUAUGAAGGAUGUGUCCUUUCCUUGUUCUGAGUGUGGGAUUCAUUUUCCUAGUUGUUCACACCUACGAAUGCACCAGUGGGCACACAUUCGUGAACUCACAGACAGUGAGAGCAUAUCUCUCGUGCACGUUCACCCAUCUCACUUGCAGGGGAGCCAAGCAAAGAAGCUGCACCUCUGUGCAAGCUGUGGGAAGAGCUUCUCCAGGUACCUUGGCCUCCUCCAGCACCAAAAAGCUCAUGAUGAAGCAAAGCCCCAGCCAUGUGCUCAAUGUGGCAUCAUCUUUAUGUACCAAACCGACCUGGAAAUGCAUGAGGAGAACCACCUUGAGGAAGCAUUGUGUGAAUAUGCAGCAUGUGGAAAGAACUGCAUUUGUGAGUGUUCCCUCCAGCUGCAUUUUGCAUCCAACUCUGGGAAGCACAUGGGGGAAAGAGAGAGCGAUUCACAGGGCCAUCAGCCGCUGCACCAGGAAACACACAGCGAAGAGGAGAAACCCUUUUUAUGUUGUCAGUGUGGGUUGUUGUUCAAACUCAAAGUCAAUCUGGAGGCACAUUACAGAUACCAGCACAAAGAGUUGCUGCUGGAACAUAAGUUAAACGGCACUUUUCAGACCCCUCUUUUGUUUCACUGGAAGUUUCAUGCCAAUCAGGAAUACAAGCAAUCCGUCCCAGGCAGCAGUCGUGAUGACUCCUGGAGUUCUUGUUCUCCAUCUCAGGUUUCUUGUACAGAUUGUGGCAAGUGGUUUGCCUCGGAGUCCAGACUCCACAAGCAUCGGGAGAAGCACAAAGCAAAGGGGCAUCGAGGUGCAGCUAAGAAUGGCAAGCGAGUAGUAUUUGCCAGAGGUGCUGGUGGUUCCACAAUGGCUUCUGUGACAAAGAAGCUGCACAAAUGCCAGGAGUGCGGAAAGAAGUUUGUCUACAAGUGGCAACUGAUCUCUCACCUGAAAGGCCACACGGACGAAAAAUGCUACCAGUGUCCUCGCUGUGGAAAAAAAAUUGAGCAUGAAGCUAGUCUCAGGGAACACUGUCGGAAGCAUGCAGAAGAAGAAAGGGCUUAUCAAAGGGACAAGCAAUGGGAGAGCUCCAGUGCUCUGGCCGAUGCGGUGAAUGAUGCAGAAGGAAAGCAGCUUUGCCAAUGUGGUGUAUGUGGGAGAAUCCUCUCAAAGGGUUACCUCCCUGACCACUGGGCAUUUCAUUCAGGCCUGAGAUACAAGUGUCUUUUGUGUGGGAAAAUAUGUAACUUCAGGAGUGGGGCUUCUUUUCACAUCAAGCACCACAGGAAAGCAGGGGAUUUUUCUGCAUGUCCCAAAUGCAGGAAGAAAAAGAACUGUUUAUGCAUUAUGGAAAGAUUUUACAUUGAUCCAGGACCACAGCACCGGCCUGGCCUGGAAGGAACUCGUCCUCCUAGUGAAGGCUAUCCAGGGAAAUAGCUUUCCAAAGCAUGGAAAGAGCCCCCUUUCCAACAGUCACCAUCAUUUCAAACAUGACCUCUCCAGAAGGAAGAAGAGCAAUCGGGCCGAAUGUGAAAAGAACCAUUGUCGGAAAUCUGAGCUGAAACCAUAUUGGAAUAGCUUCCCAAAACCUUUCAAAUACACAGACUGUGGGGGAAUAUUUGCCUGCAUGGCCCAUCUGAUAACCUAUCACAGCAUGCACCUAAGCAAACAACCCUUCCAGUGUGCUGAAUGUGGCAAGAGUUUCACCCAUAGAUGUUACCUCAACAUACACUGGGGAAAAAAACAUGCUCAAGAGUGUGAGAGUGCCUGUGGAGAAAUGGAGGUGUUUGGUGGUUGAGAAGGAGUCAUGCAGGAGACAAGACUAGUAAGAGAGAAUAGAGGGGCAGGGCGUGGGAAUUCGGGAAGUGAGAACCCAUCACCAAGGAGCUUUUCACUUCACCCUGCAUAGAAGGGAGGGAUCUCUGCUUGAGCAAAGUGAAACAAUUCCUCUAGAGCGUCUUAAUUCAGAACAGAGGCCCCUUCAGUUUGCACUGGGUGCAAGGGACUUGUGUUCCUUUCAGUCUGCUCCGAGUUCCUUAUGUAAAUCUGCAUCCUUUCUCCUUCCCUGAAUGGCUGCCUUUUCGAUCACUCCCCCAAAGACAGACAGCCUUGUGGUUCGAUUUGACUACAGUGUAGAAAAGCCAUAAACUUGUGCCUCCUGAAAAGAGAGAUUGCCACCAGUUAUUUUUUUAUUUUUACAUUUAUAUCCCGCUCUUCCUCCAAGGAGCCCAGAGCAUUGAAAAAUCAGUUCUUGAUUAUAGAAUAGGCUGUACUAACAUAACUUGAGUGGACUCUAGAAAAUUCCCAUGAUAAAUUCUGUGUGUAUUUCUGCCUGGUAUACAAAAUUAGUUGAAAGAGCAAUACUGUACCUGUAAUUGGUGAGUUCGAGAAAGGGGUGGUGAUGGAAAGGGAGGCAAGAGACAAAACAGAGGAGUAAUGGUCUGUGUGUCCUGCAGAAACCUCUGUAAAUAUCAGAAGCUCAGCUUGGAUGUGUUACAGUGAAUGCCCAAAAUUCAGUGAAAAUUAAAUACAUGAAUGUUAGCCAUCCUAUUUAGUCAAAUUUUAUGAGUGUUAGCAUGGUGUGCCACUGAAUAUUUGGGUUUUCCACAAAAUUAGUUUGGGAUGGUUGACUCGUUUACCUUGUAUGGUGAAGGUCAGCAUUUGCUAUAAGAUGUGUUGGAUUUCUCUUUUUAAUUUCCAAUUGGACACAAAGGUUAAAAUGUUUAUACUUUAAAAUGUUACAGUGCUGUAAAGUGUUAAAAUAUGCAGAAUUUAAUAAUCUGAUAGACUGAAUUUCAUUUGCUGUCCUUGGUGAAUAGUGAGUACAGGUGUUUCUGCAUAAGCCUUUUUCUCCCCAGCGAUAUCUCUUAAGACAACCAAUAUAUUGAACAGAAAAAAAAGAUGUGUGAGGAGGAACUGUAGAUUAAUGAUAUCCACAUUUAUUUCAAUAGUCUGCAGGUGCUCAAUUCAAUGUAGUGCAAUAUACUACCUUUCAGUAAAGAAGGCUGAAAUAUUUUAAGUGCUGUAUAAUAACAGACUAUUCAUAUUGUCUGUAUGUACAUACACUCCAUUCCCAACUUCGUGCCAAAGAAUUCAUAUUCUGCAAUUGCAAGGAAAUUAUGCUCAUUGAUGCAAAUGCUAGUUAAAUUAACCUAAUCUUGAAUUGGUGGUCAGUAUCUUUGCUAGGCCAGGGCAAUUAGUUAAGUGUUUGGCAGAAUACAGACUCUCUUCUGCAGAAGGAAAAGCCUGCUGGUAGGAGAUAAAUUCUGAGCUCAGGUGAGAACUUGGCAUGACCAGGCCAGAUCUCUCACCCUUAGAGUAAUGCAAGGAGUGUUUUCUGGUUUCAUAAUCUAUCUAAACUUUCUUAGAAGAUGGCAGUGUCUCUGCGUAUUUUUUCCUGUACUUUAGCACUCUAUGUACAGUUAGAAAGCUGAUAGGAGGAAACGGGGAUUAUUGCAAGCUUUUUGGUUUAUAAACAUGAGAAUGCCCUUGAUUUAGUCUAGUGGUUUCAGACUUGGAAGACAAUAGCUGAAAAAUAAAGAAGAUAAGGCUGUGGUGCUUCUAAAUGCUUAAAUCAACUUUGCCAACAGUGGUGAAAAGUUGUACAUGGCUAGGGAAGGAGGCUCCCUGUAAAGUCCUCCUAGAGCCCCCAUCAACCAGGUCCUUCUAGAGCCCCUGACCUACUAGGUGUAGGUUGAAGCUGGAAAAAAACUUGAGAACUGGAAUAUUCCUGUGAAUAAAAAUGUUUCCAACUGUCAUUCACGUUUUUGGGGGAAAUCAUAUUGGUGGCUUGCAGCAGAGAUCUGUGUUGGCAUUGUUUUUAUAAGCAUGCAGAUUUAGAAUGACCUAUUUAUUGCCUUAUAGAAGAGCUGCUGCUGUUGAGUGGCCAUUCAAGAUUUAAAGUGGGAAUGAUCAAGGAGAGGCAAGAGUGUUUCUUUGCUCCUGAUGCUAAUAGGAAAGUUUUGCAUUAAAUUGUUAAAAUACCAGAAAGGGGAAAUACGUUGGUUGAAGGAGCUGGUUUCAACAAUUGUGCCCAAUAAGAAGACUGUUGCAGGACCACUGAAUGUUUUGCUGAUAUAAAAAUUGUGUGGGUUAAAAGGCCUAAGAUAAUCGAACAUGCAAGACUACACUUGACCAAAAAUGUGUGAGGUUUACAAUAUCUGAAGCUUAUUCUUUUUCUGAUUAAAUAUCUUUCAGGUGG